AUGAAACCUUGCUCUAAGUUCCUGCGCAUUAUCAUCUUUCUACACCUCUGCUUCUCCUUCUUCCAUCUCAAGGACUCUCUUUGUGCAGAUAACUUCUCUUAUGUUCCCAUACAAAAUACUGCGCUAGACUGUGGUUCCUAUGGCUUGCAAACUCUGUCCUUCGAUGGUCGGAACUGGACUGGUGAUGUGGGAUCAGAGUUUGUGGCUUUCAGCCGCCACGCGAACUCUACGGUAUCCACGGCCUCUUCCAUGGACCCUGGAAUCCCUGAAGUUCCUUACAAGACCGCUCGGCUUUUCUACUCUGAAUUCACCUACAUCUUCAACGUAACACCCGGCCCUAAAUUUGUCCGUCUUCACUUCUAUCCAUAUUCUUAUUCUGGUUUGGAUGCCUCCAAAGCUUUUCUCUCAGUUACCUAUGGUCACUAUACUCUCCUUAACAACUUCAGUGCUUCUCUAGCUGCCAAUUACGAUAACGCACAUACUUUUUUCAAAGAAUUCAUAAUUCAUGUGCAAAACCAUUCACUUCAUCUGACAUUUAGCCCUUCUUCGAAUGCUUCUGAUGCUUUUGCCUUCGUCAACGGAAUUGAAGUUGUUUCGAUGCCUUUGCAUCUCUACGUACAAGGCGAGAAUGUUCAUCUUCCUUCCGUUGGGUAUCCUGCUACACCAAUCACACUGGACAAUACAUCUGCACUUGAGACAGUUUACAGAAUCAAUGUAGGAGGUGAUGAUGUUUCUCCCGAAGCAGAUACGGGGAUGUUUCGCACUUGGACACGGGACGAUCAAUUCAUAUUUGGAGCUGCUUUUGGGCAAUUGGCAUAUGAUUUUGAUCUUAAUUUCAGAUACACAGCAGCAGUACCAGCUUACACUGCACCUGCUGUCGUCUACCGUACCGGGCGUUCUAUGGGAGCUAAUGCUGCAAUCAACUUAAAUUAUAAUUUAAGUUGGUUUUUUCCUGUUGAAACUGGCUUUCUCUAUCUUGUCAGGCUCCAUUUCUGCGAGCUUGAUCGGAAUAUAACAAAGAUAAACCAGAGAGUAUUUUCUAUAUACAUCAACAAUCAAACAGCCUAUGGUGGAGCUGAUGUCAUUGCAUGGAGCGGUGGACAAGGUGUUCCCGUUUACAAAGACUUCAUCACAAUGUUUCCACAAGAAAGAGAAAGGAUCCAGGAUCUUUGGCUGGAGCUGCACCCCAACACCAGAUCGCAGUCUGAAUACUAUGACGCGAUUUUAAAUGGGGUGGAGAUCUUCAAAUUAAACAAUCAUGAUGGAGAUCUCGCCGGACUCAAUCCACCCCAAAAGCAGGGACCGCUAGUUAAUUCCACCUCCAGAUCAUCCGGAAGUUCAAAGAAAAGACUACUUACCGUUGUUGGUUGCUCGGUCAGCGGAGUGGUCUUGGCAUUCCUUAUCCUGUUCGUGCUUCGUUCUGGAUCAGAGCAGCAAGGCUACAAGAAGAACCUUCGUUAA